AUGACUUUCUACCACUCCGCUGAGGACAUUCGUAUUGACGACGGCCACAUCCUCAGGGCUCGUCUCCGAACUGCUGACGGCGAGUGGAACGACUCCGAGAUCGAUCUCAAUACGUGUAUCGGCAACGACAAUGGUCACUUUGUUUGGGACGGUCAAGGCUUUGCCGAUUCAGCAGAUAACGCUCAUUUUGCCUUGGAAGGUGCUGAUAACGUUCCUGUUCUCCGCGCCACCUUGAGGGAUGUCGAUGGCAACGAAGAGACCCGUGACAUCAACCUGGGUGAGCGUAUCACCAACGAAGAUGGCCACUUUCGAUUCAGUUAG